AUGAGGCGGCUCCGGCUCCCGGCAACACGCUGCGAGCCGGCCCGGGGCUCAUCCACCGCCUGGGCAAGGCCUAGACGGAGUCCCUUACCGGGCCGGCCUCCGCGGGCCCCGGGGGCUGCCGAGGGGACUCUCCGGGUGGCCGCCCCUCCUCAGGCUCCCCAGAGAAACGCGCGGCCGGAAGCAAGCCCCGGCGGUGGGCGGUGCCUGCGGGUGGCCCCGCGGUGUGCUCGGGCCGCAGGCGACGACCCGAGCCCGCCGGAUGGGGCCCAGGAGCCCCUCCACGGCCUGCGCGAGCGGCUGAGGACCGCCGCGGCGCUCUCCCGACGGUACCGGGCGCUCCUGCGCUGCUGCGUGUGGCCCGAGGACUGUGAGCUCGCCGAGGAGGCUGGCGCGGGGCUCCUGGGCUGGAGCCUUCCCCUGUUGGGCCAGCAGUACCUGGACAUCCUGACCUCGUGGUACUGCAGCUUCCAGGCCUGCUGCAACAGCGGGGACUGCAGGAUCUCCAACAACUUCACAGGCCUGGAAUCGGACCUAAGUGUGCGACUGCACGGCCAGCAUCUGGCUUGGGAGCUGGUCCUGACCACGGUGAAGGGCUACUUAGAGCUGCCCCAGCCAGGCAAGGCCCUGGCCCUGUCGUUCCACGGCUGGUCCGGCACAGGCAAGAACUUUGUGGCGCGGCUGCUGGCAGAGAACCUGUACCGGGAUGGGCUUAGGAGCGACUGCAUCAAGACGUUCAUCGCCACCCUACACUUUUCUCACCCGAAGUACAUGGACCUGUACAAGGAGAAGCUAACAAGUGAGAUCAAGGAAACACAGGAGCGCUGCCACCAGACCCUGUUCAUCUUCGAUGAGGCUGAAAAGCUACAUCCGGGACUGCUAGAGGCUCUUGGGCCACACCUGGCACACCAGACCCCCAAGAACCACAGGGUCGAGUCCCCGAAGACCAUCUUUCUUUUUCUCAGUAACCUUAGAGGCAAUACCAUCAAUGCAGCUGUCCUGAAUCUGCUUCAGGCUGGAGGGACCCGGGAAGAAAUCAAGCUGGACCAGCUGGCGCCCCAGCUCCAGGCUGAGAUUGCAGAGUCCACGGACACUGGCUUUGGCCACAGCUGUCUUGUCAAGGAAAAUCUGAUUGACUUCUUCAUCCCCUUCCUGCCACUGGAGUACCGCCACGUGAGGCUGUGCGCAUGA